UUGUUUACCGUACUAACCAUGAGAACUUCGAAGCCGAUGCUGUGCACUUUGCUUUUUGUAACUGGUUUUUUAGUGUUCCACAGGCCUGUUCCAUGGGGCUUUACCGAUUCAUUUUCUGAGAGAAUUAUCAUGUUUUGCUUCGAACUCAUUAUGAGGUUUUCUUAUAUAUACCCGGCACCACUUUUAUUUGCUGACCCGUUCGACCAACUGAAUUACACUCGUGCUGUUGGAGACUUCUUGUUAUCUUUUGUUUCUCCUGGCUCGUUGUUCGAUACGGAUCUGUUUAUAGAGGAUGUUUUAUUUGAUGGUGUUAGCGUUCGUGUCUAUGUUCCCAGAUUUAACCGCUCUAACGAUGGUGCAAUUGUUUUUUUCCACGGCGGCGCUUUUGUUGUUGGCAGUGUCAAGAUGUUCGAAUCAGUCACUCGUCAGUUGGCUAGGAAUACACGCAUGGUGGUUGUAUCUGUAGAUUAUCGGCUUGCGCCUGAGGUCGACCCUUCACGUAUCGUAAUUAUGGGGGAUUCUGCCGGUGGUGGCCUCGUUGCUUCUGUGGCUCAACGUCUCCGUCAAAGAAAGGAUGCACAAGUUAUGAUUUAUCCACUGGUGCAGUUCCAUAACUUGAAAACAUCUUCUUAUGAAUAUUAUUAUCGUGAAAUGGACGGGACGGCUUUCUUGGAUCCUCGUGUAUUGGCUCAGUAUUACCUUAUGUAUGCUGGAGUAAACCUGAAGGCACAUUAUAAUUUCGUGGAUAUUGUUCUAAACAAUGAGCAUGUUUCACCUUUAGACAGAGAAGCUCUGAAUCAAUAUAUAGAUUUCACUACUCUUCCUUCAACAUACAGAGUUACACAAAAUCUUUCAUUUGCAAAAUAUGAUCUUGAAGUAUCGCAGUUGAUGGCUCCCUUUAUUUUCAACCCCGAUUUCGCUCCGUUAGUGCAGCCAAAUCUUAAGGGCCUCCCACAGACACUGAUUGUAACUUGUGAGCAUGAUAUUUUGAGGGAUGAAGGCAUAUUGUACGCUCAAAGGCUUAAGACAGCUGGAGUUAGCACAACGUGGAAGCAUUUGCCCACAGGUUUCCAUGGACUGCUAAAUUUUCAUACGACACUUGAUACCGCUGACCAUGCGCUGAUUUAUAUUUCUAAUUGGGUUUUAAAUCACGUUUAG